CGUUUUGCCUGGAAGAUAAAUGUUCGUUCCCACUCUCUGCAGCCACUUCGGAAUUGUCAGAUUUUGCUGACUUCCCUCUUCCCAGAAGAAUGCGACUGUAUCCUUUUUCUCCAUCCUCCUGCUGCGCUGCUGCAGCCUGCCAAUAGCGAUGACCUUAGGAACCUGUCCCUCUCCGGCCAUGUGGGCUUCGACAGCCUCCCUGAUCAGCUGGUCAACAAGUCAACGUCACAGGGCUUCUGCUUCAACAUCCUCUGCGUGGGUGAAACUGGCAUCGGCAAGUCAACGUUGAUGGACACUCUGUUCAACACGAAGUUUGAAAGUGAGCCUGCGACACACAACGAGCCUGGCGUGAGAUUGAAAGCCAGGAGUUAUGAGCUCCAGGAGAGUAAUGUCCGUCUGAAGCUGACUAUUGUUGACACGGUUGGAUUUGGUGAUCAAAUUAACAAAGAUGACAGCUACAAGCCCAUAGUAGAAUACAUCGAUGCACAGUUUGAAGCCUACUUGCAAGAAGAGCUGAAGAUCAAGCGAUCCCUGUUCAAUUACCACGACACCAGAAUUCACGCCUGCCUGUAUUUCAUUGCACCAACUGGACACUCGCUGAAGUCUCUGGACUUGGUCACCAUGAAGAAGCUUGACAGUAAGGUGAACAUCAUCCCCAUCAUUGCCAAGGCUGACACCAUCGCAAAAAACGAGUUGCACAAGUUCAAGAGUAAAAUCAUGAGCGAGCUGGUCAGCAACGGUGUCCAGAUCUACCAGUUCCCGACGGAUGAAGAGACAGUGGCCGAGAUAAAUGCCACAAUGAGCGUCCACCUUCCAUUCGCUGUAGUUGGCAGCACUGAAGAAGUGAAGAUUGGCAAUAAGAUGGCCAAAGCCAGGCAGUACCCCUGGGGCGUUGUGCAGGUCGAAAAUGAAAAUCACUGUGACUUUGUGAAGCUGCGGGAGAUGCUGAUCCGAGUGAAUAUGGAGGACUUGAGAGAGCAGACACACACCCGACACUACGAGCUGUACAGGCGCUGCAAGCUAGAAGAAAUGGGAUUCAAGGACACGGAUCCAGACAGCAAGCCUUUCAGUCUCCAAGAGACUUACGAAGCAAAGAGGAACGAGUUCCUGGGUGAACUCCAGAAGAAGGAGGAUGAAAUGAGGCAGAUGUUUGUCAUGAGAGUGAAGGAAAAGGAAGCAGAAUUGAAAGAAGCUGAGAAAGAUCUCCAUGAAAAGUUUGACCAUCUAAAGAGGACUCACCAAGAAGAGAAGAAAAAAGUGGAAGACAAAAAGAAGGAGCUUGAGGAAGAGCUGAACAACUUCCAAAAGAAGAAGGCAGCAGCUCAGCUAUUACAGUCACAGGCUCAGCAGGCAGGUUCUCAACAAACCAAGAAAGACAAGGACAAGAAAAAUGCAAGCUUCACAUAAAGCCUGUCAAGCCAAGGAUGUUCCUGCAUUCACCUGCUUUUGCAGUAAUGUGUCUCUGCCAUCUGUUUUUUGUUUUUGUUUUUUAACAUGAAUAACUAUUAACUCAUCUAGUAACAUAGGGGGAACAAGAAGGAAGAAGGGUUGGGUACAGGACUGUGUGCCUCUGGAAAUUCCAGGCGGGUGGGGGUGGAAGCAAAACGAUACCAUGUAUUUUCCUGGGCAAAACCAGCAGCGAUAAAUCUUUUUUGGCACCAGAUCUGAACUGAGAGUCAGGGCUGGAGGUCAGCAGCUCCGGGUGAGUGUCAUUGUGCCUACCCAGCUCUCGGAGGGCCAGCUGCCGUAGCCCUGUGCUGAAGGGGUCCCUGGUCCACAGAAACCAGCCUCAGGGAUUUAUUGCUGUCUGAGGGUUACAGCUGGGUUCCUGCUGUGGCUAAACCCUGAAGUUUAGUCCGACCCAUAUCGCUUCAGGAGCGAGUGUGUUAGAGCAAAACUUGUCCCACUGUUGGGGAGGGAGGGGGGUAUGUGUGUGUAGAUAACAAAAGUUUAACUGACCUUGCAUGCCAUUACAUUUGCAUGAUUUAUUUUUUUGAUUAGCUACUGUUUUUGUUGUCUGACCAGAUAAUAUUUGUUGGCCUGGGUUUGUUGUCACGUGCUGGCAUAUUUUUACAGCCACCCUUCCAGGUCAGUGUAGUGUCUGCUUGCUGAAUGCUGCGGUGGGAACCGAACAGCGCUGCAGGUGCCUGGAACAGGGACCAUUUCUCAUUCCUACUUUCCAUGCAUUACUUCCCUGACCAUAACCUCUGAAACCUCACUUAAAAUAGUGCCAGGUUUCCAGUGUGCCUGAUCUUGGCAAGACUUAGCAGUGCUUAGGGAAUCAAAUGCGCAGGCAGAGGAAGGCGUGUACCCUUCAACAUCCUCUUGCUGCCUUCAGGAGCAUUCCUGCACACAUAUAAAUACAGACCCGCAUAUUUACAACAUCCAGGUUUUCAAGUCAAGGGAAUCCCAUUUUACUGGCCAAACACUGGUUAACAUGAAAGGUUCGAAUUAGGAUCUCCAUCCCUGGAGCAACCAGGGCAGAAAAUGUGCUGCAUGCCUAGGAUGACUGCCCCGUUGCCUGAAAAGCAUCAGAAAGAUAACACCUCAAACCCCAGGGAGCUUUGCACAACAGGUUAAAAUCUGGGAGAAGUGCUUUUUCCAGACACGGAUUCAUGUUGAGGAGAGGCCAGAGGUUUGUUAAACCUAAAAGUGCCUUGGGCUUCUCACAGGGGUGGACAAAGCAGCCAAGCAGGGAGAGAGGGUGCCCGGACACACUCCUUGUGCACCCUUCCCACCGUGGGGACAGUGUCCCUUUCACAUAUCCCUUGAAAAGUGCAAAUGAGAUAUCUAACGUAAGCCAGGCUUCGCUCUUUGGCCAGCACGGUGUGGAAGUCGGUCUGUUUAAUGUUUUAUUUUCUAUGCCAUUGCUUUUUGGACAGAGUCUUUCCCUUCCUACCCAAGAAGUGGCGAGCCAUGCUUACCCUAUGACUGCUGGAUUUCUUUCUCUUCUGCUGAUGUACUGCCAGCAUUUCCACUGCUCCUAGCUAGGUAGUCUCCUGUUUCUUUCUUUAAAGCACUCCUAAAAAUAGCUCUCUCCACUUAAGUCUCACACACUGCAGUUCUUUGCUUGUUUCUGCGAUGAAAUUUCUUGCCUCUCUGAAUGUUUUUAAAAAAAAAAAAAAAAAAGUCAGAAUUAUCACUUUUCUUGAGUUUUGGGUGGGGAAAUGCAUUUGGGGUUGGCUUUUGGGUCUUUCUGCUUUUUAACCCUCACUGCCUAAACAUGGCUUUGGGAAGAGGAUAUCUAAAUACAGUGUCUUGGAUAGACGGCAAAAAUCAGAGAUGAGCAAGAUGGAAAUAAAGUAGUUGUCUUUUUAUUUUUUUUUCUUCCAAUCAUACCUCCUGGUCUUAUUAACCACGAUGUGCUUCCGUCAGGUUAAGCAGGUUUUCUAGAAGGUCAUUUAGCAAAAUAAAACUAUGGUUCUUGUGGCUUCUGUCAAACCUAACUUUAAAACCUUGAGUUAUCAAGGAAGAAAUCUGUUUGCUGGCAUGGAUUUUUUACGAUCCCAUCAUAUGCUCCUGUCUCAAGCCUGAAUGCUUGUGGCAAUAUGUUUUGCUUCAGCUGUGUCUGUGCAUGUCCUCUUUUUAAUUACCAGCAUUUUGUGCCAAGUAAAAAACUUAAUUUUAACGUGUAUUUGUCCUGCUUCAUUUAACAGCCUUUCCAAGGGAUGUUUGGCAGGGGAGAUCAGCCGAGUCUAGCCGUUUUUCUUUUCUGACAGAAAGCCAUGGCCAAGUGCAUUAAUGUAUUUUUGAUUGGGUUUCUUCCUCCAGCAAAAAGCAAGCUGUUUUGGAGAAACUGGGAAUAACCAUAAACUUGCAAAAGUGAAAGGUAUUGUUUUGUUUUCUUCUCCAAAGGAGGAGUUAAUAAUGACUUUUUUCUCCUCAAAACCCCAGGCCAUGUUUAGCUGGUUAUUGCUGCACUUCUUUCCUUUACUUAUGCCUUUUUUCACAGUAGUCCGUGGUUCUGCAUGGAGUAAAUGAUACUCUCAAAUCUAUUUGGAUGUGCUUUCACCUUUGCACGUAAGUACAGUAGUAAGAGACUCACCCUUUCUGCUCACUACUAACGUGAGUAAACCAGGUGUGUUUUGCUGAGGACUUCUUUUAAGUCCACUUACGUACAAGUGGCAUUGUUAAAACUAUUUUAAAACUUCCUGUAAUAACCUGUUUUUGCUGAGAUUUUGGAAAAAAAAAUAGCCAUAGGAACAUGACAUCCAUCUGCUGUUGAAUGUCUAAAGUUACCCUGCAUAGCUUCCCUGCACGCCUCAAUCUUGCAAAUCGGCUGGUGAAACUGGGGCUAGACGGCUGCAUGGUUGCAUUGCUCAUGAAGCAUUGCAAGCUUUAAUGUGCCAUUAGACAACGAUGAUAACUAGCUGAUGAUGCUGCAUGUCCCUAAUAAGGUGGAUUUCAAACCUGAGAGUAAAACAAACUAGCAGGAAAGCACACAGGCAUGUGUGUUUCUGGGACGAUGAUGUUCCCUAGGCAUGGGACAAACCCCAGAAGAGAAAAAGGAACAAAAUCCAGGUUGUUGAGAGGGGCCACAACUGCUCUGUAGAGGUGGGCAUGCACGUGUCCGGCAGUCCACUGAGAAGGUGGACAUCACCCAGUAGCUCUCUGGGAAGGCAGGAAGGCGCCCUUCAAGCUCAGGGUCACUGACUGCAUCUCCUUGCUGCGCUGCAGCCUGUGGUGCCGCUGAGGAGUGGGGAAAGCAGCAAAUGGCACCUGCCCCCAGCUCCUCUGCAGCCCGAAACCUGCAAUGCGUGUUGCACCCUCGCUGUGUGUGCUUCUGGCAGCUCAAAGUCGUGCCAAGGAGAUUUAUAUCUCUGUGUCUCUUUAAGCAUGCCCUUAUUUAACAUCACCAGUUUUUCUCCAGGUAGUUCUAAUUCUGCUUCUCCUAAAACAUCCGAGUGAGAAUGGAAAUGUCUUUUUGUGUGUGAUCAUAUCAGAUGUGUCCAUUUGACUCCAGUUACCAUUUGCCCUUCUAAGGUGUUAGAAGCGUGUGUUUCUGUCUCUUCUCCAAGGACCCUGGUUGCAUUUGCAGUACACGAUAUCCAUGACACUCUCAUCAGCGUGUAUCAGCAUGGGACUAUACAAAUAUGAAGGGUUUUUUAAUUAACAGAAAAUAAAGCUGUGAACAGCGGUAGAAAUAUUGUAUUUGUAUACAUUUUUAAUAUCCUGAUUGCCUUAAACUAUAGAUGUAGAACUUUAUUACCUUGCUAUUUGAAAGUAACCCAUGUUUGUAACUAAAUAAUUGUGUAACCUACAUACAGUGUUAAUGCAAAUUAUAUGUAUGCAUCUGUUAGAUAUUGUCACUUUAUUUGAUGUUAAAGUAUUUCUUUUUUUUUUUUUUGAAUUACAAAUUGAAUAAUAACCUCA